AGAGGCCGACGCGACCAGCUUUCCCCGCUGCCGCUGAGAGGUGUUGUCGCAGCCGCCCCCUUCCUCGCCCCCGCCCCCGCUGGCCACCAUGUCCGCCCAGGCGCAGAUGCGGGCCCUGCUGGACCAGCUUAUGGGCACGGCCCGGGACGGUUCAGUGUAUCUUUGCCUGCCUACAUCAGUCUGCAAGGGAGUUGCAGAAAAGCCUCAUGUUCAUCGAGCCGAGACGAAACCAGACAGAGGGUCAAGUUUACAGAUGACCGUGUCUGCAAGAGUCAUCUUCUGGACUGCUGCCCUCAUGACAUCCUGGCUGGGACGCGCAUGGAUUUAGGAGAAUGUACCAAAAUCCACGACUUGGCCCUCCGUGCAGAUUAUGAGAUCGCAAGUAAAGAAAGGGACCUGUUUUUUGAAUUGGAUGCCAUGGAUCACCUGGAGUCCUUCAUCGCCGAGUGUGACCGGAGAACCGAGCUUGCCAAGAAGCGGCUGGCCGAGACGCAGGAGGAGAUCAGUGCUGAAGUCUCUGCCAAGGCAGAAAAAGUACACGAGUUGAACGAAGAAAUUGGAAAGCUUCUUGCUAAAGCUGAGCAGCUGGGAGCUGAGGGAAAUGUGGAUGAGUCGCAAAAGAUUCUCACAGAAGUGGAGAAAGUUCGCACUAAGAAAAAAGAAGCUGAGGAGGAGUACCGGAACUCCAUGCCUGCGUCCAGCUUCCAGCAGCAGAAGCUGCGAGUCUGCGAGGUCUGCUCUGCCUACCUCGGUCUCCACGACAACGACCGGCGCCUGGCCGACCACUUCGGGGGCAAGUUGCACCUGGGUUUCAUUCAGAUCCGUGAGAAACUCGACCAGUUGAGGAAAACUGUAGCUGAAAAGCAGGAGAAGAGAAACCUGGACCGCCUGAGGAGGAGAGAGGAGAGGGAGCGAGAGGAGCGGCUGAGCAGGAGGUCGGGAUCCAGAACCAGAGAUCGAAGGAGGUCGCGCUCCCGGGACCGGCGCCGCAGGCGGUCCAGAUCCACCUCCAGAGAGCGGCGGAAGUCUUCCAGGUCACGCUCCCGAGACAGACACCGGCGCCACCGAAGCCGUUCUCGGAGCCACAGUCGGGGUCACCGCAGGACGUCAAGGGACCGGAGUGCAAAAUACAAGUUCUCCAGAGAGCGGACCUCAAGGGAGGAUUCCUGGGAUCGUGGACGAGGUGACCGGGGCACCGACUGGAGGCUGGAGGGCUCCAACGGCAGGACAACUUCGCGCAGGUCGGAGGAGAAGGAGGCGGGCGAGAUCUGAGCCCAUGCCAGGCUCUGUAAAUAGUCUGACAGAGGCUCAGCACAGCCGAAACCACCGUUUAUAUUUGCUGAACACACUCAUCUUUUGUAGUUUCAAAUUUCUAUUGUUUUGGAGCUAGCCUAGCUGUGGUUUCUAGCGACGUGCAGAGCUGCUCCUGUGUUUGGGGUUCUGUUGAGUAGGAAUAAAUAAACCUGACAGUGCCUCCCAA